AUGGAUUCUAAUUUCAAUGGUGAUCUACCACCCACCUACUCAAAUCAAAAGGAUUCACUUAGAGCACCUGCAAUUUCCUCACAAGAGAUGAACCUUUUAAUAUUAUCUUACUUGCAGGAUUCUGGCUUUAAUCACACAGCUUUCACCCUCAAUACCGAAGCUAGUCUACCCCUCACUAAACCUAAUGGCCCUUUGGAACGUGGUUUACUUAUUAAAUACCUUCAAAAAGGUUUAUUAUACGAUGAAAUUGAAAGAUCUGUUCGUACCGAUGGCACCAUUGUUCCUUAUGAAAGACCUCUCAGGCUUCUCAAGGAUGUCGACGUUCAAGACUUUUCAAUUGCAGAUGCUUCAAUCCCUCAACCUCCUCCACCUGCACUCAUUGCUCCUAUGGCUAGUGAUAGACCUGCAAACGCUCAAAUUAUAGUUGACCCUUCUACUCAAAUUGCCAACUCAAAGAGAAAACAUGCUGACUCUUCCGAUGAAGCUGACGAUGAUUCUUCUGCAUCAAUGGAUACCGAAAAAGCUAAUGACAAAUACAGAAGAACAGCUAGAGAUGUUAACAAGGUCAAAGUUAGAUCAUCUAACAAUGGCCCUGUUCCUACCCCACCAAAGCCUAAAUUUAAACCAGGUGAAGCACCACGUGAACAGAUGAAGAAACUUACAAAAGCGGAAGCUAUUUGGUUGGAGGGUCACAUGGGCAAUGUUUACGCAACAGCUUUUAAUCCAAAAUAUAGCAAUGUCUCUGCAAGCAGCGGUGCUGACGGUAUUCUCAAAAUAUGGACUCUACCAGCAGUUGGAAGAGAGAUGAAGGGAAAGACCCUUGAAGUUAUCGACUGUUCGCAGUUAAAGGGACCACCUCGUAAGGGUGAUGGUCGUGAUAUUACAACUAUUGCAUGGAGUUCGGACGGUGAAAUGAUUAUGACUGGUGCAUACGACGGUAGCGUAUGGAUAUGGACCAGAAACGGUGAUAUUCUUAUGGAAAAACGCGUGCACAAAGGCCCAGUAUUCUCAGUCAAGUUUAAUAAAGACGGAACUCGAGCUUUAACUGCUGGAUUGGACAAACGCACGAUAGUAUGGGACAUCCAAACAUUUGAUAUUGAACACCAAUGGCAAUACCACAUGGGUUCGAUACUUGAUGCCGACUGGCUUGACAACGAUAUAUUAGCAACCGCUGGUGGUGACAGAAUCAUCUACGUUUUCAAAUGUGGCGAUCCGGAACCAAUAAAAGCACUUUAUGGGCAUACUCGUGAAGUAAAUCAAGUCAGAUGGGAUCCAUCGGGAGAGUAUCUAGCUUCAGGUUCUGAUGAUGCAACGAUCAGGGUGUGGAAGUUUAGCAAAGAAGAACCAUACGAUCGUAGACCGCAGCCAGAUGCAGAUUGCAUAAGAGUUAUGCGGGGACAUGAACGUGAAAUAGGAUGCCUAAUAUGGGCACCACAAUCCAACUUCUUAGAUAAGCCAUUACUGCUAUCAGGUGGAAUGGAUGGACAUAUGAACGGCAAUCCACAAAUUACAAAAAUUCCUCCGCCCGAGGGAAUGAUAUAUCCACCACCAGAUAUUAGAAGCAUAGUUGAUAAAACUGCAAAUUACGUCGCAAAUUCCCCACACGGUGCUCUUUUGGAAGAGAAGAUUAGAGAGAAAGAAAGAUCUAACGCGAAAUUUGCAUUUUUGAACUCAGCAGACGCUUAUCACGGUUAUUACAAAUGGAAGUGCGACAGAGUAAAGGCAGGAGAUAAAGAAGAUACCUUUGGUAGAUCAGCAGCUAGCACUCCUUCAAUAUCACAAGUGCCAUCAACUUACCCUUCAAAGCCAAUCCCAAAGGAACCAUUAGCGCAUGAAUUCAGUGCUGAUAUUCCUGACAACGCUUUGGCUGUUGAUUUGGAUAUUAUACGACUCACUGCACUAUUCACUGCUCGUCGUGGGAAAUCUUUUAUUUCUAUGCUUGGUGGUCGUGAGAAUCGUAAUCCUCAAUUCGAUUUCCUGCGUCCAAAUCACAGUCUAUUCGGUUUAUUUAACAAUUAUGUUGAACAGUACAUGAAAGUUAUCAAGGGUACUUCUGCACCUUUAGAUGAUGACUUUGAUAGGCUUAGCCUAUCAGAAAAGAAGAAGCAGCUCGUUGAUAACGCAAAUUUACGUGCUGAAUGGGAGAGUUAUAAGAGAGAUGGUUUGAAGAAGCGUGAGCAGGAGUCUGAAAAGGAGUUAGCGGCAUUUCAAAGUAUUGAUUGGCAGGACUUUGUCGUUUGUGAGACUAUUGAGAUCACUCCAGCUGAUAGCGUCCUUGAAUUGCCUGCUCCUCUCUCUAUCAAGGAAGUCAGGAACCUUGCAAUGGCACAAAAGCGAAUGACGUCCCUCCUCGAGGAAGAGAUUAUCACCGAACCAUCCACAUCAACACAAGAUGUAAAUAUGGAAGCAGCACCACAGCAAGGACAAGGACAUGUACCGCAACAAUAUACUCCACAACCGACUGCUCAAGCUCCAAUUGCACCAGAGGGAAUGAAGAUCAAGACCAAUUAUGUACCAAAGUCACAAAAGCAACAGCAACAGAUACCGCAAGGCUUCUCACGCUCACCAAUCUCCGGUGCACUUGUGCCGAACGAGGAAUUCGCCAAUCACUUGCGUAUAGAGCUUUUAGAUCCAAAGUGGCAAGAGAAGAAGGAGUAUGCAGAAAGCAGGCGUCAAGCUUCAGUGCUAUUGCAGCAAGGUGCAGACGUUGCUUCCUCACUCAAGAAUCUUGCGCAAGGGCGUACAGAUAUAUUCGGACAAGAUAGAGAGAAAGCCGAGCUUAGAAGGAAGGAGGCUGAAGCAGCAGCUCAAGAUGUCAAGAGAAGGAAAGAGGCUGGAGUCUGGGAUGGUCACACGGCUAGUGCUGACAGUAUAUCACAACGCUACCAAGCGCAAGCGGACUCAGAGGUCCAAGCUGAAAGAAUUAACCAGACGCUCGGAAUAAAUCAAGCGCCACAAGCCACAACAGCUGGUCCGCAAAUCAACUCAUAUGGAAACAUGUACGAUCCAUCGGGUGCAACAAUGUCAGCAGCACCAUCGGGACCUUCUGUUCCCAAAUUUCAUAUGCCACAUUCUGGCAAUGUGCGGACGGCUGAUGAAGCUGAAAUGGAACCAUUUGCAGUUAAAUCUAAGCGCGCUAAAGUGCAAAAGCUACCAGAAGGACAGUAUUAUACCGAGGAUGAGUGGAUGGAUUAUCAUCCAGCAGGUCAAGUAACACUAAAAGUCCAACUUCCGCUGGAUCAAAGCAACUCAGAAUGGGGACUAGAUGGAUCGAUUGUUCAGCUAUCUCCAACUCCACUGACAGCAAUGAGCGGUGUGAUACGUGAGCACAUAUCUGAGGCAUUGGAGGACAAGAAUGGAGCGGGCAAACGCGGGCCACCGAUUGGUAGAAUGAAGUUAGAUUUUGGAAACAUAACUUUAUCCAAUUCAAAAACUAUAGCGAGUUACAAUCUCGAUGAUGGCGAUCAGAUAAAGUUAUCAGUGAGGCAAGGAAAGAAGUAG